CUGAACUCUCAAAGCCCAAGCUUCAAACUUUGUCAUCCACAAUACGGUGUCGUUUCCGAGAUUCCUCACUUCCGAAAUCACCUUCGUGGUUGCGAACCUGGGUCACGCCCAAGAUGUCAGCUUCACCCAGUGUUUGGUGGUCGGUGUGUAAUCAUUGCUACUUAAUGGAACAGUGAGUGUGAAUCUGAGAUCAUUGAACAGUGGCCAAAUCUUGAAUAUAUGUUCUGCUUGUUGCUGUUCCUGUAUUCAUCUGAAGAAGACCUUUAUAAGUUAAUAAAAUUCUUCAAGGGGAGGAUUUCAAAGUCUUGUAAAAGUGAAAGGGCUGCUGACCAUACAUAGUUCUAGGACUCAACUGUACAGGAAGAUGGUGGAGGGGUAAUUGGUAAUUAUUGUAUAGUUGAAAGCACAUUUAAUGAUCUCAAAAUGGAGUCCCAGACAUGUGGAACAGAGGGUUCAAAGGGUGACAUCUCUAUCAAUCAGGCCAACAAUGAUGAAUCCAGCUCCAGGAUUGAAGGUUUUCUCAAGGAUGAACUGAAUUGUGUACUAAAUGAGGAGGAAUUUCCUGAAGGACGGGUUGAUGCUGGAAGAGGUUCAUUUGGAAAUGAAGAGAAUCCUACUCAUAUUGGGGAUGGACAUUUGACACUCUGGAAACAAAAGGAGAAGGAACUCAUUGAUGAAGUAACUGUAAAGACUUCGGAGGUAGAGCUUCUUGAACAAGAAUUGGAACUGAUGAAGGAAGCAGCUGAGAUGGCAUUUAAUAAUCAACAUUCUGUUGACUUCUAUCUUGAACAGUUGAAUGAACAAGUACAAGCUAAAAGAAAUUAUCUUUUGACUUUGGAGUCAGAGUGGGAUGCUGUAAGAAAACCCUUGGAGGAGAAAAAAAUAAGUCUUGAGGAGUCUCUUUAUUCAAACAAUCCAGAUGCACUAGAAAUGCUUCACAAGUUGAGAGAAGUACAGCAGGAAGAGCAGAUCAUUUUAUCUGAAAUUAUGAAGAGGGAGGAGGAACAUUUGAAACUUUCUGCAGAUCUUGAGAAGCAGCAGAAAGUAGCAUCCAGGAAAUCCUACACUGACCGAAUAAAGGAAAUUACAAAAAAUAGUCGGAAACAAGAUGCAGAUAUUGAGCGGAUCUUAAAAGACACUAGGGAGGUUCAACUGGAGAGUAACUCUAUCCAGGAACGCUUGCAUCGAACAUAUGCUGUCGCAGAUGAAAUUGUCUUUAGGGAAGCAAAGAAAGAUCCAACUGGGCUGCAAGUUUAUAGGCUCCUGGUUAACAUCCACAAAGGUUUUGAACAAAUAUCUGAGAAAAUUCUGGCAACUGAUAGAGUUAGAAGAGAAGUAGCUGAAUAUGAAAUGAAACUGGCAGCCAAGUCUUCCGGAAGCUUAGAUGUGAGUGAACUAAAAGCUAACCUUGAUACCAUUAUUAGGGAAAAUGAAUAACCUGAAAAACAUUUGCAGUCAAGUGAAGUGUUUCAGCAACCCAUUUGAAACUGGCAGCCACAAUUUCCAGAAGCCUUUAGAUGUUAGCAAUCUUCAAGCUGAUCUAGAGACCAAUAUUAGGGAAAAUGAAUACCUUGAAGAACAGUUACAGGAUAAGUGACAUUAUUUCAACAAGUCAUUGGGAACUACCAUUUCUAUCAGUCAAUUACAAUUCUUUCAUGUUUUGUGUAGCAAAGUUUGAUAUAGGAACACAUUACUUUUUUUCCUUAUUGGUUUGAAUGAUUGAGGGAUAUUCAUACUUGUUUUGUCCAUUAGGUGAUAGUCCUUGUACUCAAUUUUUAUUCUUAUCAUGCAUGAGGCUGUGACGAAAAUUCCUUGACAAGGCAAGUUUGGCAUUUAUGAAUAUGACCUCUCUGAUAUCAAA